AUGGGGUUGGGUUUGUUAGCUUCCCGAGCCAUGAGACCCGCCUCUAGAAUCCUGCAUUCUCCGAAUUCCAGAAACUUCCUCAUCAGAACCAUUGUUACGAAACCGGAGCUGCAGAAGCCGGAAGGUGCCGCGGCACAAACUCAACCGGAGCCUCCACCGGUUGAUCUCCCUCCGCGGACCCCGGUUGCCGGAGCCAGGGUCCACUUCCCAAAUCCUGAGGACGCCAUUGAGGUUUUCGUAGAUGGGUACCCUGUGAAAAUCCCCAAGGGCAUGACCGUUCUUCAGGCAUGCGAGGUUGCCGGUGUCGACAUACCUCGCUUUUGCUAUCACAGCCGGCUGUCCAUUGCUGGAAAUUGCCGUAUGUGUCUCGUUGAGGUUGAGAAAUCGCCCAAGCCUGUUGCGUCUUGUGCCAUGCCUGCUCUUCCUGGGAUGAAAAUUAAGACCAACACACCUGUGGCGAGGAAAGCUCGAGAAGGAGUGAUGGAAUUUUUAUUGAUGAAUCAUCCACUGGAUUGCCCAAUUUGUGAUCAGGGUGGGGAAUGUGACCUUCAGGAUCAGUCAAUGGCAUUUGGCUCUGAUCGUGGUCGCUUCACUGAUGUAAAGAGAUCUGUGGUGGAUAAAAAUCUUGGUCCUUUGGUGAAGACUGUAAUGACCAGAUGUAUUCAGUGUACAAGGUGUGUUAGGUUUGCAACAGAGGUUGCAGGGGUUCAGGAUCUUGGCAUGUUAGGUCGUGGCAGUGGAGAGGAGAUUGGAACAUAUGUUGAAAAGCUUAUGACGAGUGAACUUUCUGGUAAUGUGAUAGAUAUCUGUCCUGUGGGAGCUCUUACCUCAAAACCUUUUGCAUUUAAAGCUCGGAAUUGGGAGUUAAAGGGAACAGAGACAAUUGAUGUUACGGAUGCUGUUGGGUCUAAUAUUCGAAUUGAUAGCAGAGGACCCGAAGUCAUGCGAAUUGUUCCUCGUCUAAAUGAGGACAUAAAUGAAGAAUGGAUUUCAGACAAGACUCGCUUUUGUUAUGAUGGUUUGAAGAGACAGAGGUUAAAUGAUCCCAUGAUUCGUGGACCUGAUGGGCGCUUUAAGGCUGUCAGCUGGCGUGAUGCCCUUGCUGUGGUUGCAGAAAUUGCCCAGCAAAUUAGACCAGAGGAAAUUGUUGGAAUAGCAGGUCGACUUUCUGAUGCUGAAUCAAUGAUGGCACUAAAAGAUCUCAUUAACAGGAUGGGAUCUGAUAAUGUAUGGUGUGAAGGAAUUGGUGUAGAUACUAAUGCUGAUUUGCGAUCCGGGUAUCUUAUGAAUACUGGCAUUGCUGGUCUUGAGAAAGCAGAUGUUUUCCUGUUGGUUGGUACCCAGCCACGGGUAGAAGCUGCUAUGGUUAAUGCCAGAAUACGAAAGACUGUCAAAGCAACACAAGCCAAGGUUGGCUACAUUGGGCCUCCCACUGAUUUCAAUUAUGAUCACAAACAUCUUGGUACUGGACCUCAAACACUCAUUGAGAUUGCUGAGGGCCGUCACCCAUUUUCCAAGACUCUCUCAAAUGCCAAAAACCCCUGUAUCGUUGUUGGUGGUGGGGUUUUUGAGAGGAAGGACAAGGAUGCAGUUUUCGCUGCUGUUGAAGCUAUUGCUAAAAAUGGAAAUGUUGUCAGGCCUGAUUGGAAUGGCCUUAAUGUGUUGCUUCUCCAUGCUGCUCAGGCUGCUGCACUUGACCUUGGACUUGUUCCCCGGUCUGAAAAAUGCCUCGAGUCUGCUAAAUUUGUCUACUUGAUGGGUGCUGAUGAUGUGAACUUGGAGCAGAUCCCUAAAGAUGCUUUUGUUGUGUAUCAAGGUCACCAUGGAGACAAAGGUGUCUAUCGUGCUAAUGUUAUCUUGCCGGCAUCGGCAUUCAGUGAGAAGGAAGGUACAUAUGAAAACACUGAAGGAUGCGUUCAACAAACGUUGCCUGCAGUUCCAACAGUUGGUGAUGCCAGGGAUGAUUGGAAGAUAAUUCGGGCCAUGUCUGAGGUUGCUGGACUACGGUUGCCUUAUGAUUCGAUUAGUGCCAUCCGUGCCCGAAUCAAGACCGUUGCACCAAAUCUUGUGCACAUGGAUGAGAGAGAACCGGCUGCAUUUUCAUCUUUGCCUAAACCCGAUGUUGCUGAGAAAGUCAGUGCGACACCAUUCGGGAUUGCUGUUGAGAAUUUCUAUAUGACUGAUUCAAUAACCCGGGCAUCAAAGAUAAUGGCGCAAUGCAGUGCUAUGCUAUUGAAGAAGUGAAGUUUAGAUAUUGUUUUUGUCCAAAUGAAAAUGCGCAUUUAUGAUUUUUCGUUUCCAUGUCAUGUAAGCCACUGGUUGGCCAAAACUUCUAGGAUGUUGGAAGUACCUAAUAAAAUUAUUUUAGGCUUUUGUCCUACCAUGCAAUGUAAGAGCGCCACUUUGUAAAACUCUUUUGUGUACAUUUGGGUUUUUGUCCAGCUGAUUGUGAAAACUUACUCCAA